GUCACAGCAGACGACUGUUCUCUAGAAACAAAAUUAUCUCAUGAAAAUCCAAAAUGGCAGGCGAAGUAAGUCGGACUCCUGAUGAAAAUCUGGAAUCUCUCAUCAAAGAAGCUGAUACAUUGAAAGCACGACUUGAAGAUGAACGCCUUAAACUCAACGACGUUACAUUAUCACAUGUGGCAGAAAGACUUGAGAUGAUAAGUCUGCUGAAUAUUAAACCUCGGCGAUACUUACGUGGUCACCAAGCCAAAGUGCUCUGUUCAGACUGGUGUGCCGACAAGCGACACAUAGUUUCCUCUUCUCAGGAUGGUAAGAUGAUAAUAUGGGACGCAUUUACAACAAACAAAGAACAUGCUGUCACUAUGCCAACAACAUGGGUGAUGGCUUGUGCUUAUGCCCCAUCUGGAAACUUGGUUGCUUGUGGGGGCCUGGACAACAAAGUGACCGUGUACUCCCUAGCUGUGGCAGAAAAUGUUACUACUCAGAAGAAGACUGUGGGAACCCAUACUAGCUACAUGUCAUGUUGCACAUUUCCAAACUCAGACCAGCAAAUUCUGACUGGAAGUGGCGAUUCAACAUGUGCUCUGUGGGAUGUGGAGUCUGGACAAAUGCUGCAAAAUUUCCAUGGGCACAAUGGUGAUGUUAUGGCAUUGGAUCUGGCACCAUCUGAAAUUGGGAACACUUUUGUCUCAGGGAGUUGUGAUAAAAUGGUCCUUAUUUGGGAUAUGAGGACAGGCCAUUGUGUUCAAUCGUUUGAAGGACAUCAAUCCGAUAUAAACAGCGUAAAAUUCCAUCCCAGUGGGGAUGCCGUUGCAACAGGAUCAGAUGACUCAACCUGCCGGCUGUUUGAUCUGCGAGCUGACAAGGAGGUAGCAGUAUAUACAAAGGAAAGCAUAAUAUUUGGUGUCAACUCUGUGGACUUUUCUGUCAGUGGUCGAUUGUUGUUUGCGGGAUACAAUGAUUACACUGUAAACGUGUGGGACACACUCAAAUGCACACGUGUCAGUCUACUACUGGGACACGAAAACCGAGUUUCUUGCUUGCAAGUCUCUCCAGACGGCACUGCCCUCUCUACUGGAAGCUGGGACUGUACAUUGAGGGUAUGGGCUUGAACAUUGAAAAUGUUGUGGUACAUAGUUGAGAAGUACUGCCUUUAUCUCGAGCUGAGCUGUAAACAAGUGUAGGCUGUGCCUGCUAUUGGAAAAUAAAAGAAGACAGAAGAUGCUAAUGGGACUAUGUCCCUUGCCAGUUGUUUCAGCUAGGGAGCUCAGGAAGACACAUUUCGGUGCACUUAUGAGUAGUUUGAACAUCUUGUUUGGAGCUGGUGAUUCUGCUCAUCUUUUAUGAUUUUAAUAAUGUUGUUUUAUAUUGAAUAUGGUUUAUUCGUGUUGGAUGUAUUGAGUUUGAAAAACCCUGAGUAACUCCCUGGUGGAGUUCAAUCAAAACUUUGUUUGGGAGUGAAGCACAAACUGCAACUUAAUUCUGAAUGUUGGCAAUGUUGGGUUCCCUAAUUUGUCCAACAGACUUUGUAAUUUUUGUGACAAGAAUUGAAUCAACAAGAACUUUUUAUUUCUUGGCAUUACUAAUAGUUCUGACUGUUUGUGGAUGUAUUUUUGCAUUCCAUGCACAGUUAUCUCUCUGAAUUUAUUGAUAAUGCAUGGAGUGUUGCCCUGGAUGCAUGCCAUCAUAUUCCUAAAUAGAUGUUCAGUCAGUAUUGACUUCUCAUUCAUUGGGUAGGUGGAGUUAUUUUAGUAGACAAAUAUCAUGUAAGGACCAUUUUCUGCAACUUAGAUAAUUUUAAUCUAAAUUUUGUUUGUUUUUCCUUUUGAGGUCCGAUUGCUUUGUGAUGUAAGUAGUGGUUUAGUUAUAUCUUACUUAUUCUCUCAUGUCAACUAUUUAUAUAACCAUCAUCUCUGUCAAGUUCAUAAGUGCCUGUAUGCCUUCUAUCUAAUAAUUUGGUUAAAACGUUUUUGUUAUAGUGACUUUUUUUCUUAGUUCCUCUUAUUACCAGGACAAAUUUGUAAAAUAUUAGAGUUUAUUACUGGAACUUCAAUGUUGUUCCGUUUACAUUUCAUUGUUCAUUUACGUCAAUGGUCAAAUAAGCUUAAGAAUCUCAUUUUUACCUCCAAACGUCAAACUUUAACAUAAAAACAAAUUGUUGUUCAAAUCUUAGAUUGAACCUGGUGGUUUAGAAACUUUGUCUGCCAUUCACACAACAGUAUUUUAUGUUUAGAUUGGUACUUCUCCUUUAAAAAGUUGUCUCUCCUGUUCAGCAAAGUGUAUUGAAUGCUGAGAAAUUUUUUGUUGUAAGCUAAGCUUACCAAUAGUGAAGCCAAAGUUUGUCUUAAGUAGGUGAACAAAUUUAUGGGAUUUUCUAGGUUUGGUAUUGAUUCUCAUAAUGAUGCACAAACUGCAAACAUGUUCCAACAAGGAUUCAAUUUGUCAAGGAUUGAACUCUGAUGGUGCAGGGUUUACUCAGACAGAGCCUCUAUGGUUGUGAAACUGAUGGUCAACGGUUGGAGCUCAUGAUAGUACUGUUUCAUAAUGCUUAAAAAACUGAUUUUGAUUUUGCUGUACUUAUUAAAUCAGCUUACUUAUUAUUUGGUGUAAGUGAAAUGGCCUCUUGUGAUAAUUCUAUCAUUCCUUCUUGAAUUCUUAAGUUUUUCUCUCUAUUUUCUGCUUUACUAGUAAAAUCUGAAAUAAUUUUGGAUUAUUUUAAUUUUCUUGAAGCUGUUUCCUUACCUUGAUCAGUAAUGGGAAUUGACUAAGAAAGAUACAAUGCACAAAUUUUCCUACAACAUUUUUGAUUUGAGAUAUUUCAUUUUGUAGUUGACGUAAUUAUUGUAUUUUGUUUUGUGAAACACUUUACACUUUACAGUCCUGUUGUAGAUGUCUUGUUGAUGAUGCUCAGCAGGAAUUCUUUCCUCGUUGCACUUUUGUUUAGGCUUUUCUGAAUCUCCUUCACACAUGGCGGCAGUUUGCUCUCUUGUCUUCAAAUGUGAAUUUUGGAUAUGAUACCAGACAAUAAUCUGAAGUGGAGUGGGUCUUUGUUAAGUUAAGGGAGAAUUUAUUUCUUAUAAAGGAACAUUGUGUGAGAGCAUGCAGUUGUACAAAGUAGCUUAAAUGUAUGUUUUGCCAUUUACAAGGUGUUAUUAAUUUGAUUGACUUUAUUAUUUUGCUGUUAACAAUGGGGCAAGUUGGCGAGGUGGAUUGUGCUGUAAAGCCAGAGUUGAUUUAUGAAUGGUACUUAAGAAUAGAUUUUUAUUUUAUUUUUCAUUUUUGUGUUCUAUAGCAUAGAUUUAAUAGGAAACUAUUGCCCUUUUUUAAAUUUAUGGGUGGUAACGUGUUGUGGUGAUGCCUCAGCUGGACAUGUGUGAUAUAUAUACCUUGAUGAAGUAAAUUUUGAUGCAUCUGAGACCUGUGCAGAUUCAUACUGAAAAAUCUUGAAAUUUGUGCAAAUAGUUCUGUUAAUUUAUUAUUCAAAAGGAUAAUUGUUUUACUCCACAACUACUCUGGUGGGCUUUGAAAUGGCUAAAGCAGAGCGGUCUUUCUUCAUAGCUUAAUUGUGAUACUUGUCAUUCAUAAUCAAUAUAGUGAUAACUCCAGCGCUAUCUGUCACAGACACCUAAACAGCAAUUUAUUAGAAGGGUAGUGUGCAUUAGUGAUUUUAAAAAAUUUUCAUUGUUUUGUGUUAUGUUUUGCAGUCUCUGUGAAGGAUGCACAUGGGUAAGACAAGAGUCUUCUAUGAUGCACCUUGUGUGGAUUGUGAUUCUUUUCACCAUGCAACAUGUUAGCAUGUUUAAUCGACAGGCAGGAUUUGACAUGGUUAGAAAAUUAGUCAUGUGUGGAUUGAAGGUUCUUGGUAAACCCAAAACCUUGAUUUUGUCGGUCACUUUGGGCUAGAAGAGCCUUUGUCUACCUCAGUUGUUUCUGAGCAUCUUUGCUCAGACACACCAUUUGACAACAGAACCAUAUUUCAAAACAUGACUGGUCACAUUCUUAAACAGAUCCAAACUAUUCAUCUCUAGCUAUAGUUAAAUUAAUUUGGCAUUUCCAGAUAUUUUUCUGUAGGUAAUCACCUCAUUUAAAUGUUAGUUCUGAUUUCAUUUUUAUUUUUUCUAUGGUGUAUGUUUAGAUUCGGCUGUUGUACUGUGCUGUAAAUAUGACAAUGUUGAGUGUUAAAAAUAAAGGUGUAAAGAAACUAAA